AUGUCAACAGGAACAAUUUACGAUUUUCAAGUAAAAGAUGCCGCUGGCGAUUUGGUUUCACUCGACAAAUACAGCGGCUUGGUGGUUAUCAUCGUCAAUGUUGCGUCAUAUUGCGGGCUGACCAAUUCGAACUACAAUCAACUGAAAACACUCAACGACAAGUACUAUAAUCGUGGACUCCGUGUUGCAGCCUUUCCAUGUAACCAGUUUGGAUUCCAGGAGCCCUAUUGCGAAGCAGAUGUGAGCAACUUUGUCAAGGAAAAAUUCGAAUUUGAACCGGAUCUCUAUGGAAAGGUUUUGGUGAAUGGAGGGCCCAUCAUUGGCAAAGAAGAUCCAUUGUGGGAGUUUUUGAAGAAAGAACAAGGAGGGACGCUUUUCGAUGCUAUCAAAUGGAAUUUCACAAAGUUUCUUGUUAAUCGAAAAGGAAAAGUAGUGGCGAGAUACGGCCCAUCGACAAAUCCAAAGAGUUUCGAAGAUGAAAUCGAGAAGCUUUUAGAUGAAAAACCCUGA